GCUAAUUAACAGGUACACAUAGGUGGCCGCCAUUUUGACCCACGACUGUCAAGAUUGUGUUUGUGUCUUUCAAGUGUGUCACGGUUUGUGUUUGUGUCUUUGUGAAUUCCCAGCGUAUUAAUAAGCAGUUAAGCCACUGAAUAAAAAAUAUCCUAAUUCAAAGAGUUAGGCAUGUCCUGUAUUGUCCGAAAUUGUAAAAACAAAAAACGUUUUCGUCCUGAAGGUAUUUCUUUCCAUUGGUUACCACAAGAUGGAAUGUUGGAUGUUUGGUUGGAUGCCCUUAAUGUUCCGAGACCAUUUACUUGGACUAGGAAUAAGUUUGUCUGUUCAACGCAUUUUAAGGAAGGUGACAAAAUUAAAAGUGGAUGUAAAACAAUUCUAAGACGUGAUGCUGUACCUUCAUUGACAGAACACGUUGAGCAAUCUGUUGAUGAUGCUCCUCAAUUAUAUACUGGCCAUGCAUGUUCGUCUGCAGUUCAUUUUGCGGAAGUAGCAACAACUUCCAACACACCUCCAAGAAGCGACCCAAGUCAUCCUGAAGUACUUAAGCACCCACCCUUUACACCACCUUUAAUUCCAAGGACCACAUUGACGCUAAGCAUUUCAUCUCCCAGCAGCAAUAAAAGUAGUUCUCUAUCAGAACAAUCGGGACAUUCACCUAAGCGACCUGUAAAAAUGCAUUAUUCAUCCACUACUACGAAACCAAGAGAGUCGUCUAGCAGUACGGAUAGCAGUACCAGAAGGAAACGGAUAUGUUCAAUGGUUAAGGAGUUUCAUUCGUAUAGUACUUCACCAAGAACGGUCAAGGUAAAGUUGCAACGUGCACAAAAUAAACAGGUGAAGACACGCAGAAAAUUAUACCAAGCUAAAAAAACCACUUGAGAAAAAAUCAAAAUCUGUCUGAACAUGCCUUAUUUCAUUUGGAAAAGAGCUAUGAAGAAAUUCCUGACGUUUUAAUGGCUCGGUAUCUCAAAAAUCGCGAAGCACGUUGCACUACCAGAGAAAAAUAUCCUGAAAAAUUAAGAAGUUUUGCAUGUACGUUACAGUUCUACUCAUCAAAGGCUUAUGAGUACGUGAGACAAACGUUUGCACUUGGUAUGCCAAGCCAAUCUACGAUAAGGAAGUGGUAUGCCAAUGUUAAUUGUUUUCCUGGAUAUUGUACCCCGGCUUUUGAUGCACUGAAAUGUAAAGUGGAUGAGGCUACGAUUAACAAUAAAAAAUUGAUAUGUGGCUUGAUGCUGGAUGAGAUGUCACUGCGAAAACAAGUCGAAUUUGAUGGUAAACGGACUUGGGGCUACGUAGAUCUUGGCACAGGCAUUCAAAACGAUAGUUUGGAACCUGCUAGCGAAGUGUUAGUGUUGAUGGUAGUUGCGUUGAAUGCCCACUGGAAAAUACCUAUCGCUUAUUUUCUAAUAAAGUCAUUAACUGGUAAGGAAAAGGCAAAUAUUGUAUUUGAGGCAUUAACGCGAUUGGAAAAUAGUAAGGUGAAAAUAAUUUCAUUGACAUGUGACGGCCCUUCAGCUCAUCUCACCAUGCUAACAGAACUUGGCUGUAAAUUAGAUGAUCUGAAAAAUCUACAGCCCUGGUUUUCACAUCCCACUACUAAUGAACAAAUAUUUUGCUUUUUGGAUGCGUGUCAUAUGUUGAAGCUUGCUCGGAAUAUGUUAGGAAGUCUUUGUGAAAUUAAAAAUGCAGAGGGU